AUGGCUGCACUGCCCCUUGCUAAGAUAUCAGAGCGAUUGGCUGAUGGUUUCUUGAAUCAAUUAGAAGAGAAUGUUAAUCCCAUGACAAGUGUCAUAGAAGAGGUGAAAAAUAUCUCUGAGAAAUUGACAACAAUUGGAGGAUUGAUGUCUGAUGCCGAGAGGAGAAAACUGAAGGAGGAAGAAGUCCGAAUUUGGCUACAAAAGCUUGAUGGCAUAGCAUGUGAGAUUGAUGAUUUGUUGGAUGAAUGGAACCUUGAGAUACAGAAACUUUGUACUCAGACAACUUGGGAGAAGGCAAUAUAUGAUGAACUGGAAGUGAUUUGGAAUGAGGCAGCUCAAUUUAAGUUCGUCAAAAGCCAUCUAGCUACUUGUGAAAAACCUGGUGGCAUUCUUUGUGAUGAGUUGGAGGCGUUUGGUCAAGAAUCUGACAGGGAUGUUAUAGUAAGCCGUCUAGUAUCUGAGAGUAGUAACAAAAGGGAUGUUGGAGUUCUUGUUAUCUCUGUAGUUGGGAAGUGUUCCCCUAAUGUGUCAGAGUUGGAUAGUUUGCUCCAAUAUCUUAGGAGCACUCUGUCUAGGAAGAAAUUCUUGCUUGUCUUGGAUGGUGUAUGCAUUCAGGAUGAGAUAAAAUGGGUGAAAAUUAGAGACUCUCUCAAGGAUGGAGUCAGUGGAAGUAGAAUCUUGGUUACAACUAGGAGUGAAAGAGUGGCACGAUUGAUGGGCACAACUUAUAUGCACCACUUGAAACAAAUGCCUGAUUCAGAUUGUUGGGAAAUAUUAUCCAGGAGAGCAUUCCAAGGAAGGACUAAAGAAAUCUUUGAGAAAGUGGAACAGAUUGGCAAGGGGAUUGCAAAGAAGUGUAAUGGUUCACCACUAGCUGCAAAGAUUGUGGGAAGUCUCUUACAAUGUAAGGAUACAGUGCGAGACUGGCAAAACAUACUGGAUAAUCAGAUAUGGGAAUUGGAUGAAGUACCUGUGGACCUUGAACUUUUCCCUGCUUUAUAUUUAACUUAUCAUGAAUUGUCUCCUGAACUGAAAUGUUGCAUCAGAUACUGUGCAGUCUUUCAGAAAAAUUUGAGGAUAGACGUGGAAGGUUUGAUUAGACUGUGGAUGGCACAAGGUUAUAUUCUUUACUCAUCAGAGGCAGAUGAAGUACAGAUGGAAGAAAGGGGACGCGAGUACUUUACUCUGUUAGCAGGACGUUGCUUUUUUCAAGAACAGGAAAAGGAUAUCCUUGACAGAAAAGUUGUCUCAUGCAAGAUCCAUGAUAUAGUGCAUGACUUUGCAAAACAUCUCGCAAAAAAUGAAUGUCUUAUAGUGGAAGAAGCUCACUUGAGAGAAAACACUGGAGCUAUUAAGCAUCUAAGGUGGCCAAGGGACAAUUCUAGGGAGACAUUAUCCUCUCUAGACCUUGAUGUAGGAAAGGUUCGAAGCUUUUUUGCCACUACAAGUGUUCCUCAAGAUUGUUUCAUUAAGCAUCUCAAAUGUGCGAGGACUUUGAGUUUCAGCGCCUGUAGUCUGGCAGAAAUACCAAGCGAGAUUGGAGAUUUGAUCCAUCUGAGGUACUUGAACUUGAGCCAUAAUCACUUUGAGGAAUUACCUGAAACAGUCUGCAACUUAUUCUAUUUAGAAACUUUGGAUAUCAAUUCAUGUGAAGAUCUGAUGAAACUUCCUCAAAACAUUGAAAAUCUAGUACACUUGAGGCAUCUGCUUAAUUUUAAUACAUUCAGGUUGUACGAAUUUCCACGAGGGAUUGAGAAAAUGACUUGGCUUCGUACUUUGACAAUCGUCAAAAUUGGGACAGUGUACUUCAACUGGAGCAGUCUUAAGAACCUAAACCAACUUCAGGAACUUAUGCACAUUCAAAUCUUUGACAUGGUUGGAACUGCAAAUGCUAAACUCGAAGAAAAGCAGCACCUCAAAAAUAUGAUUCUAGAGUUUAGUAUGUCGUGCUCAGGAUUGGACAUAGAUGAGAGAGAAUCUCUGAUACCACCUCCAAACCUGAAGAAGCUCACAAUCCGUAAAUAUCCAGGAUACCUAUUCCCAAACUGGAUGGAAACAGCUCUCAACAAUUUGAGAGUUCUUCAUAUCAUUGAGGCCUAUGACGUCUUGUCUUUACCAGCACUAGGGAAAUUACCGGCCCUCGAAGAGCUUAAGUUUGUGGAAUUGCAGAGUUUAGCAUACAUCGGUCGCGAGUUCCUUGGACUACCAGAGAACAUUGAUUCUCUUGGUGAAUCUAAGGUAGUCGCAUUUACCAGGUUGAAGAUAUUAGUGUUCAGUCAUUUACCAAAUUGGCAAACCUGGCAAGACAUUGAACCAGGCGAAGAAGAUGCUGUCUUGGUGUUGCCAUGUCUUCAGCACCUAGCCUUGUUUGGUUGCGAAGAAUUCUUUUUUCUGCCACAUCGCAUGCUUCGCAUGUCAUCAUCACUCCAGUCUGUUGAAUUAACUAUGUCUCAAAGUGUUGGAACUAUUAAUAAUCCUUAUGACAUGGGACAUAUGAUCGAGGUGUUGAAUCAAUUGAACAAAAGAUUUGACGCUUUGGAAAGCAAGGUGGAGCAAUCUGGUCCAUCAAAAAGUACCACCAAAAGGAAGCCUCAUUUGGACGAAUCAAGUGAUUCGAAUAAUGAGGCUGACUCUGAGGGCCAUGAGGACCGAACUAGAGGAGCAAAGAGAAAUUCCAAGCACGGAGAUGAUGAUGAAAUCUGA